AUGAUCGUUCGUAGAGCUAAUGAUUCCUGGUUCGACUCUUCAGAUCCAAGUAAAAGUGGCACCAUCACUCGUAUUUAUAGUCAAGAAGACUACGAUAAUUUACUGUUCAAGCCUAAAAUAGGUAUUGUAUGUGCACCAGAUGACAUUGAUACUACAGAAAUAGGUAUUCCAUAUGUUGAAAUGGAACCAACUGACGAGGACUUCUAUAAGCCUAAUAAUACAAUUUAUAAUUCUGGACAAGACGUUACUAGACGCAACAAUUUGUCCAAACGAAUCCAGUUUACUUGUAUUAUUCGUUUCUGUAGGAAUACAGGCUAA